AAACUUCUACCCUUCCUAGUGCAAUACAGAAUAGUGUAAUGGGAUUCGGUAUUUUUCUAAACACGGAAGUGGUGUUUAUGUUAAGGAUGAAAAAGUAGUUAGGUUCGCUACCGUUAACACAUUAAAGAAAUUAUACAGUUAUUAUUAUUAAAGAAAUUAUACAGUUAUUAUUGGCGUAAAAUGUCGCGUUAUAACUAUGAGAUUCUUCCACAGAGAGAUGACAGACAUUGUAUCACUCCUGGUCUGUUUACAUCCGGACAGUCUCAAUAUAACAGCGGCUUCUCCUUUGACUUUGUCCCUAAAAUCAAAAACAACGAUUUUACAGAUGAAAGUCAAGGAUUGGUAUCACGGCUGUGCAACUUAGUGGUUAUAUUCCUAGUUUUUCUUUGUACGCUCAUGACAUUUCCAAUAUCUGCAUGGUUUGUUUUGAAAACAGUGCCCAACUAUGAGAGAAUUGUUAUAUUCCGCCUGGGUCGCAUCCGACCUCCAAAGGGUCCAGGAGUGGUUUUGGUGCUUCCGCUUAUUGACCAGUGGCAAAGGGUGGAUCUAAGAACUAGGGCUUUCAACAUCCCACCAUGCAAGGUGACAACUAAAGAUGGUGGCCUAGUGUCUGUCGGAGCAGAUAUCCAGUUUCGGAUCUGGAAUCCCCUCAUGUCUGUGGUGGCAGUGCAGGAUUUAAAUGCUUCUACACGCCUUACUUCACAGAAUGCUAUGACUCAGACCCUGGGCAAGAGGACAGUGAGAGAGAUACAGACUGAGAGAGUCAAACUGGGUGAGCACCUCGGGAUGGACAUAAAUGAUAUGACAAAGCCUUGGGGUUUGGAGGUUGACCGGGUCGAGCUGACCCUGGAAAGUGUUCUCCGUGCCCCAGAUGAGUCUCACUCAGGGCCAUUCAUCAUGCCUCCCUCUGUCCCUGGCCUAGAGGGUUUGACUGGACCUAUACAGCAGCUUGCCAUGCACUUUCUUGGGCAAAGUACAGCAGCUGCUAAAGAUGCAGUGCUCUUCACUGACGAGUUGAGCACAGAGGCUCCAGAAACUAAAAGCAGCAGUUUGAUAGAGGAGCUCCUGGUAGCUGUGAGACUGGUUCUGUCUGAGAGCUUGGUUAGGCAAGUGGGAGCCUGCUUCCAGUUUUACAUCAUUACCAGCACUGGCCAGACCAGGAGCUACUAUGUAGAUCUAACUCAAAAUAGUGGAACAUGUGGUGCAGGUGAGGCAGCAAAGCCAGAUGUGUGUCUCAGUAUGAGUGAGCAAGAUAUGAUGGCUAUGUUCCAGGGCAGCCUUGGGCCAGUCGCAGCAUAUAGCAGUGGCAGUUUGAGAGUUCAGGGAGACUUAAACACUGCCAUGAAAUUAGAUGCACUUGUUAAACUCAUCAAAACUCCAAUGAUGUCCAGUUAUACUUGAAUGUAAUGUGGCCACUACCCACAAAUUUGUGUUUAUAGUUUCAAAAUGUAAACAAUUGUUGCGACUUAAAUAUUUAUCAUAGCUAAAUGAUAUAUUAAUAAAUAUAAUUGGGUUACUGUAAUAUAUAUAUUAAUAAUAAAAAAUAAGCAUCUGGGUUAAUAAUAUCCAUUGAGGACAUACCUUAAAGUUUUCAUUGUGAAUUCAAUAGAAAAAAUGCUGAAAAGAUUUUGUCUGUGAAACUAAAACAGGAUGUUUUUUAUUGCACUGUUUAAAAAUACUACUGUAAGUAUAUUUGUAAGUAAAUGUUAAAUAAAACAUUUUAGGUAUUUAAUGAUUUUUAUUUUGUAGUAUGUGUAUUAUAUAUUUCAGUUGCAUGAUCACAUUUCAUGUAUGUUAAAAUAUUUUCUUUAUAAUAAAUUGAAAAUCACAGUUUGA